AUGACGGGGAAUGUGUGCGCGAUUGCCGGCCCAGCCACGCGUGUGUCUUUCUAUUUUGCUUGCUUCAAGCGCCUGCACGUUUCUCGUUGCGGCCCCGCUGCGACUGCCACGCGGCCAUGCGGGGCGGAGUGGCGUGGCGGCGUCCCUCCACUUGCGGCACGCGGGGCCCUGCGUGCAUGUUUUUGCUCCUCUAACCCUGACACCCGCGCCCCACCCCGCACUGUGAAGGUGAAUCCACGGAAGGCUAGCAAGAAGAUAAACCCACUCACACAGGCAGCAAUGACGGGCCCGGCGCGGACGCUGUCGCUCGUGGCCGUUCUGGUCGUCGUGUUGUGUCUCCUCCCCGCGGCGAUGGCGAGUCUGCAGGUGGAGGAGACGCUGGCGUCGCAUUUUGCGGCGUUCAAGCAGAGGCACGGCAAGGUGUACAGGAGCGCCGCCGAGGAGGCGUUCCGCCUGGGUGUGUUCAAGGAGAACCUGCUCCUUGCGAGGUUGCACGCCGCGGCAAACCCACACGCGAGCUUUGGCGUCACGCCCUUCUCGGACCUUACGCGCGAGGAGUUCCGGUCCCGCUACCACAACGCCGCGGCGCACUUCGCAGCGGCGCAGAAGCGCGCGCGGGUGCCGGUGGAGGUGGAGGUUGGAGGGGCCCCCGCGGCGGUGGAUUGGCGCGCGCGAGGCGCCGUGACAGCCGUCAAGGACCAGGGCGAGUGCGGCUCCUGUUGGGCCUUCUCCACCAUCGGCAACAUCGAGGGCCAGUGGCACCUCGCCGGCAACCCGCUAACAAGCCUGUCGGAGCAGAUGCUCGUGUCGUGCGACAACGCGGACAAUGGCUGCGAUGGUGGCCUGAUGGACAACGCCUUUGACUGGAUUGUCGGGAAGAAUAACGGCACUGUGUACACGGAGGCGAGCUACUCCUACGUGUCAGGUGGUGGAAACUCGCAGAAGUGCGACAUGUCCGGCCACGUGGUGGGCGCCGUCAUCUCUGGUCAUGUUGACUUGCCGAAGGACGAGGACAAAAUGGCCGCCUGGCUUGCUGCCAACGGCCCGCUCGCCAUUGCUGUCGACGCCACCAGCUUCAUGUCCUACACGGGCGGUGUCCUGACGAACUGCAUCUCCGACCAGCUGGACCACGGCGUUGUGCUCGUCGGCUACAAUGACAGCAGCAACCCGCCGUACUGGAUCAUUAAGAACUCGUGGGGCGCGGACUGGGGCGAGGGGGGUUACAUCCGCAUACAGAAGGGCACGAACCAGUGCCUCGUCAAUAACUACGCCUGCUCGGCGGUGGUUGGUGGUCCCGCGCCCACCCCCGACCCAAGCACGACGACGACGACAAGUGCUCCGGGGCCGUCCCUCCUCGUGCAGCAGCUCUGCUGGGGCCCUGAGUGCGCCACGGGGUGCGUGAACAUGUCGUUCCCAACCGGCCGGUGCGUCCAGACCUCCAGCGGAGUUUCUGCUAUUCUCACGUGCGAUGCCACGUCCGUCGUCGAGAAGCUCUUCCCGCUGAGCUCGGACUGCACCGGCCUGGCGCUGCCAGUCCGCGUGCCGCUCAACAAGUGCUUGUCGUUUUUUGUCGGCUCCGUCCAGUCC